AGGGAAGCUGACAGAGGCAUGAGCGAGUUAAUUUUACAACUGAGCCUUUAUGUAAGAUGUAAUAGUAUACGUUGUUAGGUUCUCUUUAAACUAAAAGCAAUGAAGUAUGUGUGUGUCUCCAGGAAAUAGACUAGAAAAUGGGACGAGGCUAGUUGCUGGGUUGCUAACGGCUAAGCUAGCUUCUGCUAGUUCCAAAACAACUCUUGUCAUCUGGGAUGCUACAGUUAAUAAACUACAUCAUUGCCUACAGAGUGGGCACAUUGGAGGGAUCUGCUCUGUCUGCUGAAAAUGUGGGGCAUCUACAGAGCGUUGGUCUUUGCUCUGGUAGCAGCAUCGAGCUUCACACCUGUGCGUGUCCUGGAAUUCUGCCAAAGCACUGAUCCAGACUGUCACAGUCAUGACACGGCAUCAGACGUCCAACCGUCCCCAGAAGCUGUCAAGUCCAGGUGGAGCAGGAAUGUUUCAAACGUCAUACACGACCUGGACGAGUUUAAAGUGUCUUGCAAGAAGCUAAUGGAAGCAUUCCCCCUCGAUGAGGUUGAUGGCAACUUUGUUCGCACUGUGAAGAACUGCCUGUUUUCCAAAUCCUUCCCAACGCCGCUGAAAGGCCCAUUAAGACUGGCUGCAGUUUCUAAGGAUGUCAUCGAGGGGAUCUUAGAUUUGGAUAUGGCUUUAACACAGUCAGAUGAUUUCCUGCAGUAUGUAAGCGGUGGCAAACUGCUACCAGGGUCUGAACCACUUGCUCACAGAUAUGGAGGUCAUCAGUUUGGCUACUGGGCAGGUCAGCUGGGUGAUGGUCGAGCACAUUUCCUUGGUCAGUAUUCAAACAGGAAGGGGGAAAUAUGGGAACUGCAGCUUAAGGGCUCUGGGAAAACGCCAUAUUCAAGGUCAGGAGAUGGUCGAGCUGUAAUCCGCUCUUCUGUCAGGGAGUUCCUGUGCAGUGAGGCAAUGCAUUUCCUGGGUGUUCCCACCAGCAGGGCUGCCAGUCUCAUUGUAAGCGAGGAGCCGGUGGUGAGGGAUCAGUUCUACAACGGAAAUAUGAAAACAGAGAGAGGAGCUGUUGUUCUCCGACUGGCCAAGUCAUGGUUUCGGAUCGGAUCAUUAGAAAUUUUGGCUCAAAGCGGAGAAAUAGAUCUUCUCAGAACGCUGCUGAACUUCAUCAUUGGUGAACAUUUUUCCCACAUCAGUUCGAGUGACCCAGAUAAAUAUUUGGUGUUUUAUUCCACAGUCGUAAAUGAAACCGCACAUCUGAUCGCCCAGUGGAUGUCAGUCGGGUUUGCACACGGAGUUUGCAACACAGACAACUUCAGCCUUCUUUCUAUCACCAUCGACUACGGACCGUUCGGCUUCAUGGAGCCGUAUGACCCCAAUUUUGUCCCGAACACGUCUGAUGAUGAGGGCAGAUACAGCGUAGGAGCUCAGGCCCAAGUCGGCAUGUUCAACCUGGAGAAGCUCCUGGCGGCUCUGAGUCCUGUUCUUACAGUAAAACAACAGAAACAGGCUAAAAUUAUUCUAAAAGGAUAUGCUGAUCUUUACCAUAUGAGGAUUCACCAGAUAUUUAAAGCCAAACUGGGGCUUCUUGGUGAAGACGAGGACGACAGCGACCUUAUUGCCUUCCUACUUAAGAUGAUGGAGGACACACGGGCAGACUUCACCAUGACCUUCAGGCAGCUCAGCGAAGUUUCGGCUGAGCAGCUCCACGACAUGAACUUCACACAGAUGUGGGCUCUUGAUGACCUGUCCACCCACGAGCACUUCUCUGAUUGGCUCAACAUGUACCUACUGCGACUCAGUAGACAGCAGAAUGAUACCGAUUUGGAUCGUCAACAAAGGAUGACAAAUGUAAAUCCGAGAUAUGUGCUGAGGAACUGGAUGGCGGAGGCAGCUAUAAGGAAAGCUGAGAUGAACGAUUUUUCAGAGGUGGAGCUGCUGCACCACAUCCUGUCCUCUCCCUUUGUUACACAAGAGACUGCAGAGGAGGCGGGCUAUGCAGCAAGACCUCCACUGUGGGCCAAGAGGCUAAAGGUCAGCUGUUCUUCAUGAGUGACAUCUGAAUAUAUGAAAAAAAGAAAGAUUACAACUUACCUGCAGCAUAUUUUGGGAUAACCUGUCACGUUUGUGGAAUAUAUUUGGUCUACAAGGUUGUGGCUGUUCUUUUCUCUAAGAGCAACCGUUGUGUGCACAUAGAAACAUCAGUGUUGCAGAAGAAUGAAGCUCAAGCUGGGUUUUACUCGUCGUGUUGUUUCUUCAAUCUGCACUGAUCAGCCACAGCAUUUAAACUACUGACAGAUCAUUGAUCAUCUUGUAAGAAUGCAGUGUUCUGCUGGGAACCCUUGAGUCCUGCCACUACCAAUAUAGACACUGUUGAGGCCAAGCACUCCCCAAUUCCAGACAGCUUCCGGCUAUGCUGCAGAAAUGACUCGGGAACAGCUCAAGCAACAUGGCAAAGGUCAUGACAAGCUCCAUCCACAGAGCUGCCACACCACAACCCACAGGACCUAAAGGAUCCACUGCCAACGUCUCUGUGCCAGACAACACAGGACACUCAGAGGUCCAACGUCCCUGCUACAAAGGGUCAGCUGUUUUGGCAGCAUUACGGUGACCUACACAAUGUUAGGUUUUAAUGUUGUGGCUGACUGGUGCAGGUUUACACAUUCAGUAAAUGGACAUAUGGGCCCGUCAUUUUGUAAUUUCUUAAGAUUUCUAUGGAGCUAUAUAGAUUUGUUAAGAAAUUUAAUACAGGAUGAGGAUGUUUCUUUUAGGUAGAUGUACUGAAAUCAUUGUCUUCUUUAUGUAUUUGAAUUGUUUUCUUUUACUGAAUAAAUAAAUGAAGAACUAUGUCACA